AUGCCACCCCCGUCCAUAGCAACGACACAACCACCAUCACAACAUGCUCCCUCACCCUCACGGCCACCGAAAACCUCCCGCUUCCACGCCCCAGCAGCAGCCCUCCUAAUCUACCCAGCAACCCUCGCCCUGGGCUCCAUCUUCUCCGUCCUCUCGCCAACCGCCCACGCUCCACCCCCCGGCUCCGCGGCCUCCCAAACAACGCCCGCCCCAAACUACUUUGCCCGCAAAAACAACAUCUUCAACACCUAUUUCGUGAAAGUCGGCUGGAUCUGGAUGACCCUCGCGUCCGCCGCCUUGAUCCUCGCUUACGCUCCACACCUCGCGCGCGGUCGCCGCCAGGCACAGGCCGCGCUGCGCUACGCGCUCGCUACGGCGGUCUGGUACGCGACGACGCAGUGGUUCUUCGGACCGCCGGUCAUCGAUCGGAGUUUUGUGCUUACGGGAGGCAAAUGCGAGGCUGUCCUGCGCGAGUUGAGUGGGGGUAUAGAGGAGAAGGGGGUUCUGGGGUCUCUGGGGGAGGAAAAGUUGGGUGUUUACUUGACGGCUGCGGCGUGUAAGGCUGCCGGUGGGGCGUGGAGGGGUGGCCAUGAUGUCUCCGGCCAUGUGUUCAUGCUUGUGCUUGUUACAGCGGCGUUGGGGUUUGAGGUGUUGGGAUUGUUGGCGCAGGGGGAGGGUGAGACCGCGAGACGGGAUGAGACGGUGGUGAAUGGGGGCGUGGAUGGUGAUGAGAAGAAGGAGACUGAGGGGACACUGAUGGCGGGAUCGAGCGAGGCGAGGAAGUGGACAUUGAGAUUUGUCGGUGUGGUUAUCGGACUGAGCUGGUGGAUGCUGCUCAUGACAGCCAUUUGGUUCCAUACAUGGUUGGAAAAGGCCAACGGCCUGCUCAUCUCCCUGGCGGCAGUCUACGCCAUCUAUAUCCUCCCCCGACGGGUCAUUCCCUGGAGAAAUAUUGUUGGCAUCCCCGGCGUAUAA